UCGUGGUUUCCCUCCGGCAGCAGGCCUGUCAUAUUCCUGCUGGUUCCUGAUCAGCAGGUUCAGUUCAGCCUGUGAUUCCCACCCGAUCUGGCUUCUGUCUGUGGUGCGCCAUAUGUCCCGUGCCGAACAGCAGUACGUCUGUCUGUCUGUCUCCAUCUCAGCCAGCGAUGGAUGUUUGGUCAUCUCAACUGAGGAGGAGCCUUUCACCUUCCUGGAUAUGAUGGAGCCAGAGGUGCGGACCCCAGCCCACUGCCAGGUUCUCUGAGGUUCAAAUGCUCCAGUCAGCUGAUCCCAGGUCAGUGGCACCAUCUGGCCAUUGUCAUGGCGAAGGACGUGAAGAAGAGCUGUAAGGUCACGGCCCACCUCAAUGGGAAACUGGUGGGAGCAGCAAAGAUGCUGUACAUCCAACCGUUCCCGGGUCAGUACAUUUCCAUGGAACCCACGGCGGUGAUUGACGUGUGUGCCUUCAUUGGAACGCCGUCUAUAUGGAAACAGCACGCUUCGUUGGUGUGGCGCGUCGGGCCCACCUACCUGUUUGAGGAAGUGCUGAGUCCAGGGGCUGUAGGAGUCAUCUACAGCCAGGGAACAGCCUACUUGGGAAACUACCUGGCUCUACGCAACACAGGCUCUGGCCCAGACCCCCUCCCUUUCAGGCUGGUCUCUGAGGAGAGGAUCUCAUUUGGCAUCAACCCGGCUGUAGCAACUUUAACCACGGUAGCAGAGAUACGAGAAAGCUACAACGAGGUGGACUGCCGUCUCAUCGCCAAAGAGGUAAAGAGGGUCCAGCGCUGUCUUCAUGAUGCCCGAUCAGAAAUACGGGGUCCUACUAAUCACCUAAACAACCACAAACAG